AGUAUAUUUAGGGAGACAGUGGAAUAUUUUUGCGCCCAUUGCACACAAACACAAUCACCAACAUAAACGAAUAAUAAUGUUGUUAAAGUGCCAAAUAUACGUUUGAAAUCUAUACAAUAAUUAUUAGUUGACUAUGUAGUGCUGCUGAGUGUUAAACGCGUUCUGGACAAUGGCGUCAUAAUAAUUCCCUUUGUUAUUCGCUCAUAGGGGACAGCAGCCAAAUCAUAAACAUCAAAAUAGAAUUAGUUGACAACCUCAAUAAAGAAAGCUAAAACGCAGAAAGCAGAAGAAAACUGAAUCAGACCCUGUACAAAUAUUUAAUAAUUAACAAACAGCUGGAGGAAUUGUGUUAUUGCAUGGCCUUCAACCUGCAGCUGGAAUGGAUCCUCAAAAGAUAACCGAAUUGGCCAAUUUGCUGCGCAAAAAUGGUGACAAAAUCCUUAGCUCGGAAUUUACCUUGACCUUAUCAGGUCCAUUGCUACGCGGUUUGAAUGAUUCCUUUGCGUUAAUCGCUGACAGCGACAUUGGAUUCGGAGCUGGAUUGGGGACAUCGCAGCAGAACUCGCAGGCAUUCCAAGUGGUUAAGCCAUUCAAUGGCAAAUCGAGUGUGUUUUCCGACCUCCAGCUGCUGCAUGAUUUUGUGCAGAAAACAACGUUGCUCAAGCUUAACUAUUUCCCCAGCGAACAUUACUUCGAGGGUGCCAUCGACAUAUGCAAAUUCCGUGCACUGCGUCGCCUGGAGGUGCACAAGAUUAACAUCUGUCAGGUGGUUGGCAUCCAAGCGUUGCGUUCGCAGCUGCAACACUUGAUCUGCAUCAAGAGUCUGAACAGUGUGGAGGACAUUAUAACGCACUGUGGUGGUGACAACUCGAAUGGCUUCGUUUGGAACGAACUGCAAACGGCAGAUUUUAGCUAUAACAAUCUGCGUGGCAUUGAUACUGCUCUGGAGUUUGCCCAACAUCUGCAGCAUCUAAAUCUGCGGCACAAUAAACUAAUCAGUGUGUCUGCCAUUAAGUGGCUGCCACAUCUAAAAACACUUGAUCUAAGCUACAAUUGCUUGACGCAAUUUCCGCUGUUUCAUGCCGAGGCUUGCAAGCGACUACAGUCACUCAACAUCAGCAACAACUACGUGGAGGAGCUGCUCGACUUGACCAAACUAGAUGCUCUGACGAAUAUGGAUCUAUCGGACAACUGUCUCCUAGAGCAUUCGCAGCUGUUGCCGCUGAGUGUUCUGAUGACACUGACCACUCUAAAUUUGCAGGGUAAUCCACUGGCAUGUCAUCCAAAACAUCGCUUGGCGACAGCACAAUAUCUGCACAAGAAUACAUCCACUGUUAAGUUUGUGCUGGACUUUGAGCCCAUGUCAAAGCCAGAGAAGGCAAUGACGGGCAGCCAACAGCUGCGAAAUGUGGGCACCAUGGGUCAUAGAAUCGCCAGCAGUUACUUGUCUAUAAAUAGCUCACGGGGAUCUGUUAAUACGCCCGCAUCUAGCAUUGGCUCGCAGCGUUCGAUAUCGAUGCGAGGCAGAGAUUCAUCAUCUGAAGCAGAGCAACAAGCGCCACAAGAGACGCAAAUAGUUAAACGACGCACCAAGAAGCUGCGCAGCGUGGAGAUAGCAGAGCAUGGCGAAGAGUUUGCAAAGGAAGCGACUGCUAUAACAGAUCCUAUCAACGUAAGCGCUGUUCCGGAACAAGAGGCCCCUGAUGGUAGCCAUUUGGAGACAAAGAAAAAGAUCGAGACAUUGCGCAUGAAAUAUGGUAACGAGUGGUUGCAGUCGGGCAAUGCAGAACUAAUGCUGGGCAUAAGCGCAACACAGCCCAGCGAACAGAGACGUCACGAUGCACGCCAAGAGCUCAACGAGUUUCUGGGCGAGUUUUCUGCAGACUAUCAGCCUGAACCUCAGUCUCAACUCCAAUCUGACGAACUCAAUAUUAGCUCCACGCCCACGAAUGGGGCACAUUGGACCUCGCCUCUGAAUGACACAUUGACGCCCAUUAAACUAGAUGUCGACAACACCGACAAGGACGAGACUCAGGCAACAGUUUACGAAUCAUGUGAUAAUACCACGGAAACGGAAUAUCAGAGCAUGAACAAUACACUGCAGGAAGAAAAAGAUGAACAACGGGAACCAGAGAUUGACAAGCAUCGAGAAGUGUUGAAUCUUUAUGGAUCGUCAAGUGCAGAGCAAGAAGAGGAGCCAGUCUCUGACGAAGAACCGGAUGAGAAGCUUUACAUUGUUUGCCAUGCGCACAAGACUAGUGAACCUCUGUUCCUAACCAUAUCAUCGAAUUACAUACGGGAAAAAGACGCACUGAACGAACGAACAAAAACUAAGUGGAGUCUCAGGGUGCUGGAGUCUUGUGAGCGCAUUAAAUCGAAUACGCUGCGCGUCAACUUUGACACCAUGCAAAAACACAAACAGGAGCGCGUCUAUUAUGCGGACAAUGCACUCUGUCAAGAAAUCGAAAAGAAGCUGCGCGAUAUUCUUUCGCAGCGUGAUCUCACCGAAAUGAACUUUACCAUUUAUAAAUGCAUCAAUUGUGGCCUUAAGUUUACCAGAGAACGUAAUAAGAAGAGCUACAAGACAUCAGAGCUACGUUGUCCCAAUUGCUCUAAAGACUUUGUGGCAGAGGUGCACGACGAGUCUGGUUCGCUGGAGAAAACCAAAGGAGCUGCAAUGGAACCGAAGUUGUCACCAGCGCUGAUUGUAGAUGAAUCACCAGUUGGUACACCGCUGAUGCUGCAGUCCAAGGAGGAUAAUCAAAGUAUUGUGGGCAACAAGAGGCUCAUCGCUAAUAACACACCAAACAAUCGUAGGAGUUUGAUGCAAACCAUAAAAAGAUCGGCCAAUUCACUUAACGAAAGCAGCUCCUGUUCGAAGAUAACCAACUCACAGUGUUCGUUUGACUCCAAUCGUUCAGUUGUGGGCAGUUCGAAUACCGAACGUGAUUUGGAGUUUCGUGCCAAUGAGAGUGAUGUCGACAUCAUAUCCAAUCCGAGCCAAUCUAGUAUUGAAGUGCUGGAUCCCAAUUUCGUGCAAAGCGCUAGUCGCAAAACCUCUGAGGAGCGGCGCAUAGCACAAAUACCCAAUCUACAGACCAUCGAUGAUGACCACAGCCAAGCACAAAGCUUCAUUGAGCGUGAGUUUGGCCAACUGCUGGCGGCCAGAUCCAAGUCAACAGCAAAUGAGGAAUCAAUUGAAACGACAGCUGAAGAUACAACGCCAAAAUCCAAAACUUUGGCACAAGUGCAGCUGACGGAGAGCAGCUCAUCUGGCUCGGUAACCGACAGCAUUUGCACCACUUACGAGCAACAGAGCAAACAGCAACAUCAGCUGCAGCCGCAGGAUAAGGGUCAAUUACUGGCAACAAAUGAUCCCAUCGUUAUACACAAUUUGCUGCAUGCCGAACCCAAUGUUAGCACCCAUCAGCAUCACCACAACAAUAACAACAUUGAGGUGGCGGGUGUUAGCGAAAAUGGACAUCUGAAGAAGGGCGAAGAGGCUGGCCUCUCUUCUGUGUUUGGAGCUCUUUUUCAAUCGACCAACGUCCUAAUGUCCAGCUCAAAGAAGCUCAUCGACUCAGAGUCGACUGCCAGCGGAGUGCAGCCCUACAAGUUUAACUACAGCGACUUUAACGACAUCGAUCACCGGCUAAAGCUGUAUUUCUAUCAGACAAAGUUCAAGGAUGCUGGCGAGCACUUCAAGUGGCUGGCCAAGGGUCGUAUUUUCAAUGAACAAACGCAGACGGUGCGCGAUGGUUUAUUGAUAAUAUCCACCAGCAAGUGCUAUCUGAUGGAGGCAUAUGCACCGCCCCUUGAUGAUGUAUCCAAGUGGUUGCGUCAGGUAACAAGCGCUACCAUUAAUCGCUUAACGCGUGUGCAGUGUCUUCCCUGGAAAUUGGGAUUGUCUUUUACUCUGCGCAAUUGGGGAAACUUUGCACUCCUGUUGCAGGAUAUGCUGCGCACCGACAGCUUAUUAUUGUACCUGUCGGAUAAUCCGCUUCCGUCUAACUGCGAAUUGAUACAAGACCCGUCUGAUGCCGUGCUUCAACGACUAAAUGCGCUGAUUACGGAGCCGCUUAAGAUGUGCACUGUAUUGAGUGGCUGCCGAUGGACUUGUGGGCAGGAUAAACGCAACUUUGAAGUCUGCACAUUGCUAACUUCAGACACACAAUUGCAAGUCGUCGGCAAUGGCCGAUUUAAUUGGCUGACAACCAACGUGGAGCAGAAGCCACAGCUGGAACUUUCGUUGACACAACAGAUGAGCAAUCUAGUGGAAGCGGAACGAGUUACGGACUGCGAGUACAAAAUCAACUUUCUGGACGAGACGGAAAAUCAAUGUGAACUGUGGCACCUUCAGUUCGAGACACAGGCUAAUGCCGAAUGCUGUCUGGACGUCAUUGGUAAAUCGUGGGAACAACUGUUUGGUGUGCCAUUCAGUUAUUCCGGAAUGUAGUAUUUAUCAUUUUACAAGGGACCAAACACUAUUUUACUUUGUUCAUAUCGAAGCAAAAACUAUGUGCAAAUUUGAAAUUCAAUUGUGACAAUGUUUAUCUAAUGAUCUACAAUCUAUAAAUUGACUAUAUUAUCAUGCUUAGCUUUACAAACUGGACAUAUAUAUAUUUAACUGGAUUAGUUUUAGUAUUUCAAAAUGUGGACAAUACAAUUAUAAUGAAGCAAGCGAAAAAUGGUGCUGACUACACUACACUAGCUAUGAAUUAUUGAAGUCAAUGUAAAAUACAGCUUACAAUUUAAAUUAUUAUGUAUUGGAAGAGUCAUAAUUAAGCGAAAUAUUGUAAUUAUGUAUGAUGCAAUGUUUUGACUAGGGUUUGAAUUUACCAUGUUUUUUUUAACAAUGAGAAUAAUAUAAAAAACUUUUGUAAAUAUUUAUAAAUUAUAAUACAUAACCACUUUCAAUUUGUAUAUGUUUCCGUAUUGUUAGAUAGGAAUCGUUGUAAGAGUUGCAAUAAUAUAAAGAUACAAAAUAUAACAGAAUUUACAAUAUAAUGUUACGAAUAAAACUAGGAUUUUUAAGAAUAA